GUCACGAGCAGGAUAAACUGCUUGCGAUCAAGCAGGGACGGCAGUUUUAAUUUUUAAGAGAUGCACCAUGGAAGCUCUGCUCUCUUGCACAGCUUGCGCCGACAUUCUAGUCAAGUACACCCGACAUCCAAUAUCACCAGAAAGAGAACAAGAGACACACCAUGACGCUCGACGCCCUCUUCUCCAGCGUGCUGCUGCAGCUCUGCCUCGCCUCGCUGGGCCUCGCCGCGCCCGUGUCGACAGCGUCCAUGGACAACAGCUGGCAGUACGGCACCGGCGGCGGCCUCUUGGGGCUGGUGGUCCUCAUUCUGGAUAUCAUUGUUUUUAGUCAGUCGCAUCCGGCCGGCUGUUCCCCGCUCGCACCUUGCAAACAUUCCUGGAGCUAUGCUAACAAUCACCCAGUCGAGGUGCUUCAGUCGAGCCGUCCGCCGAUGCAGAAGCUCGUGUGGUGCCUGGUCGUCUUCCUGUUCCCCGUCAUCGGGAUGGCCGUCUACUACCUCUUUUCGAAUCGGUCUGCCUACCAGCGCGGAUCCGGCUACGAGGCUCUGGCCUAGUCAUCGAUGCCUGUCAGAGGAAGAAUCAGGUGCAUGGACAGACAAGGCGCGUUGUGCUCAGCAUAUACAAGGGAGAAACUUGUUGGGAGAGGUUGUGAUAUCUGGACCGGCAGUCCAGGAAGAUCAUUUUUGAGCCGAGCUUUGAGCCGAGCUUGGAACCAGGCUUGUAGCCCGUAACGAUAAGAACUCAGAGGCCCGUUUCUACCAUUUCUUUCUGCUGCCUGCCGCAUCCUUCCCGGCUGGUCAUUUCCUUUGUUCGAUCGGCUCUCCAAGAUUGUCAGGAUACGCGCUGUUUGCGCUGAGGCAUCUUCACGUGGGUGCUGUUACAUCUCCCGGGAGAGGGUGCUGGGAGCGGGUUUUUGAGUUUUUUGAGGGGUG